AUGGCGAUGGGGGGAACGCCAGGUGCACUCUACACCGAGGAGAUCCUGGACCUGUUCGACAGUGCCCGGGACCCUGACUCCUGCCGCCGCAAGUCCAACAUCAAAAUCCAUGAGGAUGCCAGCGGCAGCAUCUACACCACAGGCGUCACUUCCCGCCUCAUCAGCUCCCAGGAUGAGCUGAUCCAGUGCUUGAAGCAGGGAGCUCUGUCCCGCACAACCGCCAGCACCCAGAUGAAUGUCCAGAGCUCCUGCUCCCACGCCAUCUUCACCAUCCACCUGUGCCAAAUGCGAGUCUGUGCCCAGCCUGACCUGGUGACCGGCCUUCCAGAGGGAUCCCAGGCCACCAGCGAGUACGAGACCCUCACCGCCAAGUUCCACUUCAUCGACCUGGCUGGCUCGGAGAGGCUGAAGCGGACGGGAGCUACGGGCGAGAGAACCAAGGAGGGCAUCUCCAUCAACUGCGGCCUGCUGGCGUUGGAAAACUUCAUAAGCGCCCUUGGAGACCAGAGCAAGAAAGCGGUACACGUACCCUACCAAGACUCCAAACUGACCCGGCUCCUCCAGGACUCCCUUGCAGGGAACAGCCAAACCAUCAUGAUCGCCUGCAUCAGCCCCUCUGACCGGGACUUCAUGGAGACCUUAAACACGCUCAAGUACGCCAACCCUCGCAACAUCAAGAACAAGGUGGUGGUGAACCAGGACAAAACCAGCCAGCAGAUCAGCGCCCUGCGGGCCGAGAUCGCCGGCCUCCAGAUGGAGCUCAUGGAGUACAAGGCGGGCAAGUGUGUGAUCGGGGAGGACGGCGCCGAUGGCUACAGUGACUUGUUCCAGGAGAACACCAUGCUCCAGAAGGAGAACGCCACCUUGUGCAUGAGGGUGAAGGCCAUGCAGGAGGCCAUUGAUGCCAUCAACAGCCAGGUCACCCACCUGAUGAGCCAGGAGGCCAAUUUGAUACUGGCCAAGGCAGGUGAUGGCAACGAGGCCAUCGGCGCCCUGAUCCCGAACUACAUCCGGGAGAUCGAGGAGCUCAGGACAAAGCUCUUGGAGAGCGAAGCCAUGAACGAGUCGCUCCGCUGGAGUCUGUCGCGGGUCUCCUCCAGGCCCCCGUACUCCCUGGGCUCAUCUCCAGGCCCAGGCCUGGGGGCGCUCAGCAGCCCCGUGGUCUCCAUGGAGGCAAAGGCCACCGAAGUCCUCAGGCGGGCCAAGCAGGACCUGGAGCAGCUGAAGAAGGAGACCAGGCAACGGAGGAAGAGAAGAAGGCCAAAGCUGCAGCAGGAGAACUGGGAGGAGACGGACGAGAACGAGGAGACGGACGAGAACGAGGAGAACGAGGAGGAGGAGGAGGAGCGGGAGGAGAGUGGCUGUGAAGAUGAAGACGAGGAUUCGGGCAGUGACGAGAGCCUGGUGGACUCGGACUCCGAUGCGGAGGAGAAGGUGGUGAAUUUCCAGGCUGAUCUGGCCGACCUGACCUGCGAGAUCGAGAUCGAGCAGAAGCUGAUUGACGAGCUGGAGAACAGCCAGCGGCGCCUGCAGACCCUCAAGCACCAGUACGAGGAGAAGCUGAUCCUGCUGCAGAACAAGAUCCGCGACACCCAGCUGGAGAGGGACCGGGUGCUGCAGAACCUCAGCACCAUGGAAUGCUACAUGGAGGAGAAGGCCAAUAAGAUCAAGGCAGACUACGAGGAGCGGCUGAAGGAGAUGAAUCGGGACCUGCAGAAGCUGCAGGCAGCCCAGAAGGAACACGCUCGCCUGCUCAAGAACCAGUCGCGCUAUGAGCGGGAGCUCAAGAAGCUGCAGGCUGAGGUGGCAGAGAUGAAGAAGGCGAAGGUGGCACUGAUGAAGCAGACACGGGAGGAGCAGCAGCGGAGGCGGCUGGUGGAGACCAAGCGGAAUCGGGAGAUCGCCCAGCUGAAGAAGGAGCAGCGUAGGCAGGAGUUUCAGAUCCGGGCGCUGGAGUCUCAGAAGCGGCAGCAGGAAAUCGUGCUGUGAAGGAAAACCCAGGAGGUCUCUGCUCUGCGCCGCCUGGCCAAGCCCAUGUCGGACCGGGUCUCUGGGAGGCUGAGUCAGAAGCCAGCCAUGCUGGACUCGGGUGCGGAGGUGUCCGCCAGCACCACCUCCUCGGAACCGGAGUCCGGCUCUCGCUCGGUCUCCAGCAUCGUGCGCCAGUGGAACUGGAAAAUCGACCACUUCCUGGGAGACCCUUCGCCCUCCGGGAAGAAGUUCCCAAAGAAGGGGAUGAGCCAGACCUUCAGCAAGGCGGCCCGGCUCAAGUGGCAGUCGCUGGAGCGGCGCAUCUUUGACGUUGUCAUGCAGAAGAUGACCAUUGUCAACCUGGAGGCAGAUAUGGAGCGGCUGAUCAAGAAACGCGAGGAGCUGGCGCUGCUGCAGGAGGCGCUGCAGGGGAAGAGGGGAAAGCUGCAGGUGGAGAGCCCGGAGGAGCAGAAGGGCCUGCAGGAGCUGAACGAGGAGAUCGAGGUGCUGACAGCCAACAUUGACUACAUCAACGACAGUAUCGCCGACUGCCAGGCCACCAUCAUGCAGCUGGAGGAGACCAAGGAGGAGCUGGACUCCACCAACACCUCUGUGGUGAUCAGCUCCUGCUCCUUGGCCUUCAAGUAACCUCCUGCUCCCGCCAAACAGGGGCUGCAGGUGGCUCAGAAAGAAGCCCAGAUUCGCCUGCUGGAAGGGCGCCUGAGACAAAUGGAUGUGACCAGCUCCUCCCAGAACCAUGUGAUCCUGGAUGCCCUGCGGGAGAAAGCGGAGUCCCACCCCGAGCUGCAUGCGCUCAUCCACAAUGUGCAGCAAGAGAAGGGCUACGCCAGCACGGACGAGGAGAUCUCGGAGUUCAGCCUGGCCUCGGAGGGGAGCUUCUCCCAGUCUUUCAUCAUGAAGCGCUCGGCCAGCCAGGAUGACUUCAAGUUCAAGGAGGAACCCAAGCUGUCAGGCCAGAUGAAGGCUGUGUCGACCGAGUGCCUGGGACCCACGCUGGACAUCUCCACCAAGAACAUCACCAAGUCCUUGGUGUCCCUCAUGGAGAUUAAGGAAGACGGGAUCGGCUUUUCCAUCCAGGAUUCCUACUACAAGGAUAAGGUCUCCCACACCAUCAGCCUGCCCACCCGCGGCAGCACCUUACCUAGGCAGUCCCGUGGCUCGGACACCUCGCCUCUGACCCAGAGGAAAUCCUAUGACCAGAGGCAGCCUGCCAGGACUUCGGACGUUGGCUUCAUGCCUCCCUCGUCCCCUCCCACCAGGCCGCGCAAUGACCGCAACGUCUUCUCCCGCCUCACCAGCAACCAGAGCCAGGGCUCCGCGCUGGACAAGUCUGACGACAGCGAUUCCUCUGUCUCGGAGGUGCUGAGGGGCCUCAUUAACCCCGUGGGCGGUGCCAGGAGCACCCGGACGGCCCCGCUGCAGUGCAUCUCCGUGACGGAAGGACACUCCAAGCCCGUUCUCUGCGUGGACGCCACCGACGAGCUGCUCUUCUCCGGAUCCAAAGACCAGAGCUGCAAAAUGUGGAACCUGGUGACGGGCCAGGAAAUCGCCUCUCUAAAGGGCCACCCCAAUAAUGUGGUGUCCAUCAAGUACUGCAGCCACGCAGGGUUGGUCUUCACUGUCUCCACCUCCUACAUCAAGGUGUGGGACAUCCGGGACUCGGCCAAGUGCGUCCGUACCCUCACCUCUUCAGGUCAGGUGAUCUCUGGGGACGCCUGUGCCGGGACCACCACCCGCACCAUCACCAGCGUGCAGGGCGAGCACCAAAUCAACCAGAUCGCACUCAACCCCGCCGUCACCAUGCUCACCUGCCCAGCCGCUGCGCUUCAGCCCCGGCCCGGCCCUGGAGCGGAGCUGGGCACGACAGGGGUGGCUGGAGGACGCUGCCCUUCCGUGGGAGCCUCUGCUCCGGCAGAGCCGAGCCCCGACCUACAGCCACUCACCGCGACCCGCGAGCGCCCGGCGGGGAGCACAGCCAGCCUGGCCCGGGGCGCACUGACAAGAUGGGGUAAACUGCGCCUGCAGUGCGAGCCCUCCCCUCCGGGAGCCGUUCCCCUGCAGAGGGCGCCGGGAAAUGUAGUUCGCCGGACUCACGUGGGAGCGGGGCGAGGACUGGAGGGGACUCCCGUCCCCUGCCUUCCCUUUUCCGGGGGGAGCAGUGGGUGCGUGGCAAGGGACAGGGUGGAGAGCCCCGGCGCUGGGGAGCCCACACUCGGGGAAGGCAGCAGGAGGCUGGGGGAACUUACCAGAGUCGCUAGUGUGUGUGCUGUGCCACCCGGGAUCCUGUGGGGACUGGUGCUGUAUGAAUACCUAGGACAGAGGGGUCGGGUCGAGCUAUUGAUGCGCAGACUGACAAACAGCUACUCAGCUCUAGCGACAGAGCCAGGCUGCAGAGAAACGGGCGAGCUGGACGGUGGCUGA